GGAAGGGGGUGAGCGCCCUGGUGAACAUGAGAGGGGUCAAGGGUUACUUCCUCUUCAGGCAGGACUCGCCGUUCGAAGUCACAAAACUGAGAGUGAAUCUGACCAAUCUGGGGAGCCGGGUCGGACCCUAUCACAUCCACCACUUCCCCACACCUCCUAUGAGGUCACCGCCRCAGACCACCUGCUCCAACGACAACGUUGGAGGCCAUUGGAACCCRUUUGGGAUGGACACUAAAGAUCCCACCUACCCCUCUGGACCUGGGUCGACCCAUGACCGGUAUGAAGUAGGGGACCUCAGCGCCAGGCAUGGGUCACUAGAGGGUAAAGCUGUGAUGGACGCAGUUUUCACAGACUUCAACCUCCCUCUGUUCGGACAGAACAGCAUAGUGGGUCGGUCUGUGGUAAUCCACCGUCCGGAUGGAACUAGGUUCCUGUGCGCCUACAUAGGCUACCCAGGAGAGGUGCAUGUAGCCAGGGCUACAUUCCGUCACCCUGUGGUGGGUAUGGUCCAGUUCGUCCAACUCAAGAGCAACCCGUUGUCUGAUGUCACAGUCUUCAUGGAUCUGUCCUAUGGGAGACCCUCCGAGACCGCUACGCGUAACCACCACUGGCACAUCCACAUGUAUCCUAUCAGCUCGGAGACAGACGCGGACAAGGGGAGGUGUGGGACSACRGGGGACCACUGGAACCCCUUCAACGUGGACACAAAGGAUUUGAGCUAYGCCCUGCACUGCGGCCCCUCCAGACCCUUUUCCUGUGAGGUGGGGGACCUCUCCAAAAAGCACAGCACCCUCGACCUGGGGACCCGAGURGGUGGGGCGUCAGCCAAACACUUCUUCACGGAUACCACUUCCUGGUUGUCACUUCCCGCCAGGUCGGGCUCCAUGAUUGGUCGAUCGGUGGUGAUCCACAGUGUGGACGGCGCCGCCCCCAGGAUAGCCUGUGCUAACCUCACUGAGGUCCGGAUGCCCGCGGCGGUCUUGGGCCCCUGGCAUGGACCAGGGGUCUCCAGGGGCCAARUCCGGUUCUCCCAGGCUUUCCCUCAGGGCCCAACCAUGAUGGACGUCUCCCUGGCUGGACUCAGCUCCAGGGCUGGGGGCUACCACGUCCACAUGCUGCCUAUCAGUACCACAGGAGAGCCCUGCUCGGACAACAACGUCAUGGACCACUUCAACCCCUUCUCCUGGAAUGUGUCUGCUUCUCCUGCUGCGGGCAGGGACUGUGGAUGAAUAUGAGGCUGGGGACAUCAGCGGGAAGUUCGGGAUGCUGACGGAUCAGAACCAGACACAGACUC